UGUGAUAAAGCAGGAAAUUUGAAUUUGAAAUUAGGAUAAUUUUUUAUAUUUUCCAAUUUCUUCUUCCACGCUGAGGUCACCUUCGGGCAAAUGCUGUGCUGCGCUCUUUACUCCUCUUUCUCGUUCUCAAUACACGAUCCUGACGGCUGCUCUUUAAGAACUCCUAACAAUUCCCCGUCACAGAGAUGUCGGUCGCCACUUCAUCACAAUCUCCGUUAGAGCUAGCCCAGGCUGCUUCAAAUAGAGCCUCUUCUCCAAGGCUACCCUCCAAGCGGAAGAGACCUCAGCCUUCUACACAGUGGUCUUCAGACGACGGCUCUGAUAAAGAGCGACCUUCUUCUCCCCGACGUGACGAUCGUUCUUCUAGGGACCUUCCUCGUAUCAUCUUAGACACCAACGAACCCAGUCGGCCGUAUACCAAGACCACUCGCAUCAGUGCACCAAGUCACGAACCAGGCGAAGAGGAGGAGAAUAUCGACAUGCUAAGCAGUUCUAGUGAAGGUCCAGGAGGUACUGGUGCUGGCCCAUCUCAGUCUCGAUCGGCACCUCCGCUCCCAUCUCAAGGACUCAAUCGCGGCUUCGCUUGUAUGGGUUGUCGGAAACGCAAAUCUAGAUGCGAUACAAAGCGCCCAUCAUGCGAGCAAUGUAUCAAAGCAAAAAUGCCUUGUCUUUACGACGAUCGUCCAGCCAUCAGACCAACUGAUCUCCUCAAGAUGAGAAUCAAAGAAUUGGAGGAUCAACUGGCUGAGAUGGCACGCCUCCAUCCAGGCCUCGCAGCAAUGGUCUCCUCAGCUGGCAGCUCAGCCUCGGGUUCUGGUUCUCAACCUGGACCUUCAGGAACAAAUCCUGCAUUCCUUUCCGCUGGACCACAAUCAGAUCGCGAUCGUUCGGGCAGCCCACACUCCACGGGCACAGGUCCUGCCGCAGCAGCCACUGCGACGGAGCUGUACAGCAUCACCGCUGCCGCGGGCAAUCUUCGCCCUGGCGCGGAGGGCACGCCGUAUGGUGCAAGCGGUCGUGGGGGUCUUGGUCUUGGUGAAGCGCACUUCUUUCAGAUAGCGCCCGAUAUCUCCAAUGAUCCUCUGCCACCGGGUAUUAAUCAACAUGAUUUGUUGCGAAUAUUCUUCUCGCAUCGGCAUCAGGCGUACUUUGAAAUCUCAGAAGCGCGGUUCUGGCAAACUUUGGCAAUUCACCAGGACCAGCAAAAACAAUCAUCUGGAACAUCCUCGUCAACGGUUUUACAUGCUUCCCUACUCAAUGCGAUGUACCUUCUUGGAUGCUUUUUCAGCGGCAACCCGCAGUUGGCAGCGUACGAGCCCCUCUUCCUUCAACGCGCCCGACAAGGAAUUGCCAAUGCCCUCGAACUUGCCGAAGGUCUCCCACCAUCCAUCCAGGCUGCUUCCCUCGUUGCGACAUAUCUGUACUCUAAAGGGCGCGUCUUGGAAGGGUAUUACCUUUCCUGUGCUACCGCGCGCUUCGCGGUGGGCUGCGGGCUUCAUCAGAUCGAAUCGCCAUAUUACAACACCGGUGCAGCAGCAGUAGGCGCGGGAGGAACGCCUCUACCUGGUUUGCAACCCCUUCUGGAGCCAGCACGAGACGCGACCGAGUACGGUGAACGGAUUCAUACAUGGUGGCAAGUUUGGAUGGUGGAUCAGUGUGCCAGCGUCUCGACUAACUUGCCGCCUGCCCUAUAUGACUCGAGCGACGCCUAUGCACGAAUUACCACGACGUUCCCUCCUGAUAUAGCCGAGUUUGAGACAGGAAGCCUGAACUCCAUGCCUGGUGGGCCUGGCUAUGGUGCGCCCAGUGCUGCCGGGGUAGGAUACGGGGGAGCUGGGAAUGGGAGCUUGGGGACGUUAGCGGGCUUGUACGAUGGGACGGUCACUGAAAGUCAAAAUGGUUCGUUCGAUGGGAGACGCAAGGCACUUGUGGUCAAGGCCACUGAACUGUUUUCUCGGGCCUGGAAAUUGUCCAAACAUGAGGUGAAAGACGAUGCUUUCCGCGCCGCAUUCGAUGCCACAGACCAAGCGAUUCAUUCACUUUCACUGACACUUCCUCGAGCGCUCACGGAGCAGAACGUGCUCAUCCCCGCCUACAUCCUUCCUAAUAUGUUCGCACUUGCUGCGGUGAUCCAGUUGCAUAUGAUCUUUGCGGUCGAGCACAAUCAUCUGGCUCCAAGUUACCAGAAGUGUUUGGACGCCGCCACUGAAAUGAUCGAUAUUAUCAAUGCUAUGGAAGAGCAGAGAAUUGAUUUUAGCUUCCUGGAACUCCAUAUUGGGGUAGGUUUUUUCUUCCGUUGUGCACAUCCUUUUGUUUUUGUUGCUCCGUUUCUGAGCUCCGUCCUGAGGACGUUCAUCAAAUUAUGGGGCUUGAUGGGCAAUAAUCGGUUGGCGCACUAGUAUUGUGAUCAGGAUCACGACCGAUGCCUUAAGUCUACUCCAUUUCUUUGCCGUCCAAUGCGUCAAUUGCAACCACCUACUAACGGUUAGUACUCCCUCAACACAUAGACAUGCUGGAAACUUGCACAUGACAUCCUAUCGCGCGAAAUGACCCGUGUCGAACAAGAGGAUUCAGUGAUGGCGGACGAGUAUCGCGAAGCGAUAGCCACGGUCGAGGAGGUCUCCCUACGAUUAAGUCAGGUGUAUCCGGUGCUGCAGGAGUUAUGGGGACUUUCCAACUUUAUGGGUUAACAAGGGAUGGUGGUCUAAAUUCAUAC